AUGGCUAAAAACCUGCUUUGUCGACUUUGUUUGAAGCCUCCUACGGAAUUUAUUGACAUUUUUGAUGCCGAAACGCACGUUCUUGUACCAGAAAUUGAAGAAAUUUUCGAAAUUUUCAAUAUAAAAGUGGGUUACAUUCGAAUUUUAACGACUUUUAAUCCAUUUUUAAGUUUGCAGAUCUCCUUCGACUCGGGAAAAUCCAGAAUUUUGUGUUCAAAGUGCAUCACGAAGCUCACGAGUUUUUUGGAAUUCCACUCGCAAUGCCUCGAAAAUGAAGAAAUAUGGGAAAAUUUCAAGUCCGAUAACGGAACAAUCGAAUAUUUGGAUGAAAUUUCAGAAUUUUAUGGUCAAAGUAACGGAAAAAGUGUUCGAAUUCAGGAUUUUUACACUUUUGAGUGCGAAAAAUGUGAUCCUCGCGAGCUUUUUGGGUCAUUUCGUGAAUUUCAAGCCCAUUUUCGGACAAUUCACGGCAUUGAACGUCCCUUCAUUUCAUGUUGCGGCAAGAAAUUGUUCAAAAAAAGUGCGUUACUCGAGCAUAUUGACUUCCACGAGCAUCCAGAAAGCUUCAGAUGUGGUCAUUGUAGUAAAAUUCUCGGGGAUCGGAAGAACCUAAGAGCUCAUGUGAUGCAAAAUCACGGAAAUCCCGAUGAAAAACCCUUCGAAUGUCACGAUUGCGGAAAGCGAUUUGCUAUUUUGGAGAAGUUACGGUCUCAUGUGCGCGUUCAUAUGACUCCUGAAACGAAAAAAGCAUUAAAAAAGUUCGUUUGUCAUGAAUGUGGGCAACUUUUUGUGUCAAAUUCGGUGUUAAAAACACAUUUAAGGAACAUUCACACGGAAAAUUACUUCACGUGCGACGAUUGCGAACGAAAUUUCAAGUCAAAAUUCGAUUUUUUGAUACAUCGAAGAAAUUUUCAUGACGAAGAGGGACCUCCGCGAGCAAAAUGCCCUGAUUGUGGCAAGUGGUAUUCCAAUUCCAAGACACUUCGGGUUCAUGUAAAGAUGAUUCAUGAACGAAAAAACGGAAUUCGAUGCGAAAUUUGUGACAAACUGAUGGCAAGCAAACAAAGUUUGUCGACUCAUGUGAGGCUAAAACACAAAAAACGCCUUUUUCACUGCGAAUAUUGCGAAAAAUCCUUUCAAACGGCGACCCGAUUGCGAGAACAUACCGCCGUUCAUACGGGAAUCAGUCUUUACCGGUGUCGGUAUUGCUUGGAGAAGACAUUUAACGUGAGAGCCAACAUGUACAAGCACUUGAAGAGGAUGCAUUCGCUCGAAUGGGAGCGCGAUAAAGUGAAAAACAAUCAAAAUUCAUGA